AUGGCCGAGGACGAGGGCGCUUUGCUCUACGCGUACAUACAGCAACAUUCCCUUCUUGUCAUGGCCAUGGUCAGAUCAUCCCAGAAACUGCUGCAGCCCAGUGUGGAAUUUCCCGGUCAAGUAGCCCUCAGUGGCAGCAGUAGCGCGCCCUCGCCGCUUCUGAAGCCUGUAUUACGCAUCGCCCAUGUCGUCGAUGCCGUGAUGCCUUCGAUGCCCCUCGUUGCUGCUGGCAGCAGCCGAAAGAGCGGUGGGAGGGCUGCCCAGCCAUGCAUCCGAGAAAUUACACACUGCCACACGGCCGCCCUGUUCGAUUCCUCGGAUAAAGACAAUUCAAGGGUCGAGGUCCCUAAGAGCCAUCCUAAGUCCCAAUCCGUGUUCGGUACUCGCUCGCGCAGAUGCGAGUUAGGGAAGAAAGAGGCGAAUUUCGGUCGCCCCACUGUGGGCAUCAUCGCAUGCUAA